UGCCCCUGGUUGCCUCUCAUUCUGACGCACUCAGACAGGCAAAACAUACACGCGCAUGCGGCUCUUCAAAGCCAAGCGCUUUUCAUAGUCUCCCUAUUAGCCAAAGAGAUUACAUCUGGGGCCCUGAACCAAAUAAAUAAGUUGAGAGGAGUGUCCACGCUCAUUUAUUUCAGAGGGGCAGAUCUGCUCCACCUCGGGAUCUUCUCAGCACUUCAGCAGAAAGGCAACACACUUUCAAUCAGACAGAGCGAGAGAGAGGCUCGCGGGCUCUGUUACCGAUUGAACUGCUCCAGAGAGACACAGAAGAGAGCUGAACACAGCAGGGAUUACACGUUUUUUUCCUACUGUGGAUUCCUCUGGUUUCAUCGAGAACAGAUUUGCUGCCUUGUUACGUUCAGCUGGUUGUGAGAACGUUCUUCUGUUGUCCUCAUUUCCCCCAUCCAGAAGGGGUUCCUCGAGCUCUCCGGUGGACCGCACGCGGGAGAGGAGGAGGUGAGGCGGUUCCCCACAGAGGUGUUUUGAGUUAUGGAUGUUGACACAUUCCUUUCGGACACGAGGGGAACCAGAUCCAACACGAGCAGCGAAAGAAGCAACUGCAGUGUGUGCCACAGACGUUCGGGGCUUCAGCUCCUGCCAUCAUCCUUUCUCCCUUCCACUUCUUCAGCAUGUACUCUUCUGUGAGGCUUCUCCCAGUCCAACGAGCUCCAGUACAAUGUGCAGAUGGAAAGUGACUAAGGGUUCCUCAGCCUGGUUUCGUCUGUCCUGCUUCUCCCUGCUACUGCUGCAUCUGCUUCUCUGUUCAACUCUGCCCGUGGCCUGCCAUGACACCCACAGGGCCGCGCGUGCCCCCAGGGGCACCAACUCCUCUUCCCCGGCCGUCGUGGGGCGGCACGUGCGCAGCUACAAUCACCUUACGGGGGACGUGCGCAGACGGAAACUCUUCUCCUACCAGAAGUUCUUUCUCAGGAUCGAUAAAAACGGAAAAGUCAACGGAACCAAAAGCAAGGACGAUCCGUACAGUACGCUCGAAAUCAAGUCUGUGGAUGUGGGCAUUGUUGCCAUCAAGGGGAUCCAAAGCAAUUACUACCUUGCAAUUAACAAGAAAGGGAUGGUCUACGGGGCGAGGGAUUACAGCGUCGACUGUAAGCUGAUAGAGAGAAUAGAGGAGAACAGGUACAACACGUACGCCUCGGCCGAGUGGAGGAACAAGAAGAAGCCCAUGUUCGUGGGUUUGAGCGCCAACGGGAGGCCCAUGAGAGCCAAAAAGACCCGGAGAAAAAAUACAGCCACACACUUUCUCCCCAUUCCGAUCGUGUAGCUACAACCCCACCAAAAGUCCCCUGGGAACUUACAUGCACUGCGAAAAAUCUUUUCUACAGUAUAACAGGCGGAGUUUGGAGAAGAAGGCACUACAGAAUGGAACUAAGAGAACUCAUCACUGAGUCAGAUAUAUUUGUUUUUAAGUUAUUGGCACCAAGACUACGGGACAUUUUACAGUAUACGCCAAACCCUUCACUAGCGAAUGAAAGGCUGGACCAAAGUUGACUGAGAGGACUCGGACAUUGCUGCCGAAUGAAGUGAUGAGACCUUUAACAGAGUGUAUUGCUUGUGUGUUUUGGUGUGUGUGACUUUCGGAUGCAGAUGUUUAUGCUGUACUAACUCAUGCGAAACAUUCGGACGCUCUCAGACUCGACUGAACAUUAUGCAAAUACUUACUGGAAGCACUUGCUCAAGGUGCAAGAGAUGCCGAGACGGACACCCAGCAUCCUACCAUUCAAAUUUAGUCAAGUUAGCACCAUAGCGUAAACAAAUCUAACAUUAUUAACAUGCGAAAGCCACUGUAUUUGAUAUCUCCAUUAUUUCCUGACUGCUUUUGAAUAAAUUAUUUAUUUUAUGUAAUAUUUAAAGGAAAACAAAGGCAAAAAAACAUUGAAUGGACAUUUGUUAUCAUUUAUGCUCCUCUUUAAAAAAAAGCUA